UCUCUUACAGCGGAUGGAAGCGCUGAGUUAUUCACUACUCCUAUAAUGAAACGCCUCCGAGAAUUAAGGCUUUAUUAUUUUGAUUUUUUUAAUAUCUCUUGGAUGUAGGAUUUAACUGUUUAUUUUUUAUUUUCUGAAAAGUAAGAUUGGGAGCAAGUAAAUGGGAAAUCUGUCACCCUGGAGUGUCCUUUGAAGUCUCUCUUCCCGUUUCGUCGUGUAAUUGAGAGAGUGUUUGUUUGAAAAGCCUCAUGUUUUCACCGGGUCAAGAGGAACACUGUGCGCCCACCAAAGAGCCCGUAAAGUACGGCGAGCUCGUGGUUUUGGGGUACAAUGGUUCACUCCCCAAUGGAGACAGAGGGCGAAGGAAAAGCCGGUUCGCACUUUACAAAAGAGCCAAAGCCAACGGUGUCAAACCCAGCACUGUACACAUCCUUAACACCCCACAAGCCAGCAAGGCGGUGAACUGUAAGGGCCAGCACAGCAUCUCCUACACACUGUCCAGAAACCAGACGGUGGUGGUGGAGUACAGCCAUGACAAAGACACAGACAUGUUCCAGAUUGGACGAUCAACGGAAGGCCCUAUUGACUUUGUGGUGACUGACACUGUGUCAGGUGGAGGAGAGAGUGAGGACACACCCAUCACUCAAAGCACCAUCUCCCGCUUCGCCUGCCGGGUGGUGUGUGAACGUAACCCGCCCUACACCGCGCGCAUCUACGCUGCAGGCUUCGAUACAUCCAAGAAUAUAUUUCUCGGAGAGAAAGCAGCCAAAUGGAAGAAUCCAGAUGGUCACAUGGACGGCCUGACGACCAAUGGUGUGCUAGUCAUGCACCCGCGGGGCGGGUUCACAGAGGAGUCCAAGCCUGGUGUGUGGAGGGAGAUAUCAGUGUGUGGAGAUGUUUACACACUGAGAGAAACACGAUCCGCUCAAACUCGAGGCAAACUGGUGGAGAGUGAGAGUAACGUGCUCCAGGACGGCUCUCUGGUUGAUCUGUGCGGAGCCACACUACUCUGGCGCACAGCCGACGGUCUUUUCCACACCCCCACUCAGAAGCACCUGGAGGCCUUGCGGCAAGAGCUGAACGCAGCCCGGCCUCAGUGCCCCGUGGGACUCAACACCCUGGCCUUUCCCAGCAUGCAACGCUGCAGCCGUGCCCUGGCCAGUGGCCCCACCCAGGAGGACAAACAGCCCUGGGUCUACCUUGCCUGUGGUCACGUUCACGGCUACCACGACUGGGGCCACCGUUCUGAACGAGACUCCAAUGCUCAAAGAGAGUGUCCCAUGUGCAGAACCGUGGGCCCCUAUGUGCCACUCUGGCUCGGAUGUGAACCAGCCUUUUAUGUCGAUACCGGCGCACCAACGUACGCCUUUGUGCCUUGCGGCCACGUGUGCUCUGAAAAGUCAGCCCGCUAUUGGGCGGAGAUUCCUUUACCGCACGGCACCCACGCUUUCCAUGCCGCCUGCCCCUUCUGCGCUACCCAACUCAAUCUGGCACAAAAGUGGGCUAAGCUGAUUUUUCAGGGGCCUAUAGACUGAGAGUGUAGAGGAGGUGGAUGGUGGGUCAUUGCCUAAUUGAAGUGAAGUCCAGUAUGCUGAAGGACAAUUCGUAGAAGGUGUGACUGCAAGCUGUGAAACUGCUCUUGAAAAGCUUGUCCUGGAGAGCAGGUUCUUGCUCAUGACUAUGACUGUGAUAGUUGGUGAAUGACAGGCGUCCG